AUGGCGGACACAGAUGCAUUAGCACAACUCAUGAAGGCCAUUCCGAGCUGGUCUAAAGAUUUGAAGCAUCUUAGUCCCCAUAGUCGUGGGAUUCAACAAUGGUCUGAUUCUGACUGGGAGCACUUGUGGGCUUGGCAGGAGCAAGAAUAUCUCCACCCAGAGGACAUUAAGAAUCGCAGUGCAGGCCAAUCAGCGCUAAGCGAAGAUAUCGGUCGACUUGGAUUUCAAGACCUUGCCGAAACCGGAGAUCACUACGAGUUGGAGCAAGUACUGCGAAAAAUAUGUGAACAACUCGUUGCGAUAUUUGGGCCUGAGUCUGUCCAGCGCUUCGUGCAUUCAGCGCCGUCUGGACAUGGCGACCCGUUCUUCACAGAUAUCCCGACGCAACUACAGCCAACAAACCUGCAGGGGGAAAAAGAGACUUGCGGUUGUCCACAUUACUGUGCAGUCUCAUUGGCCACCUCUUUGGAACAUGACGGGCAGCCGGUUGCAGCUAUUGGGCACGCAGAUCCGAAGUCCGUGCCUCCCAGUCUCCAUCAUUCUCCACUGGAUGUCACCGCGCCAGAAGAGGUAAUAGCCACAGCUAAUGUCUCUGAAAUGGAAAGGUUCAGAAAACUUAGCGAGAACUUGGGCAAAAAGGUCCAAAAUUUUGCCGAAAAAUGCUCAACCCCCUGUGUCCUUCUGUAUGUGGAACAAAAUCGGCAGCAGUGGCAUCGCGUGUGCCACGUGCCUACCGGACAGACAUUGCCGAACCUCAACGAAAUAGUCACAACGCACUUAAACUUUGACCCGUCAAGCCCGAAAUCAGUAGGACAGGCGCCUUGCUCAGGGCUUGCGUAUGGCCAUCUGUCCUCGACCGAUUGUGUAGGGUAG